AUGCAGGCCUACACUGAGAUUGCCCCGCCCACGGCCGUCAGCCAUGCCAUCACCCUCCCCUUCCUUUCAUCGCGCUCCAACAAUCUCAUCGUCGCCAAGAAUUCGCUGCUCCAGGUCUUCGAACUCAAGUCGACCGUGACCGAGGUCGCGUCUGGUGGGGAGGGUGAAGCAGACAACGCGGCGGCAAACUUCGACACAGAGGCGGCCGAUGUGCCGCUGCAGCGCAUAGAGAACACGGCGAAGCUGGUGCUGGUCGGCGAAUUCCCGCUGGCAGGCACAGUCAUUUCACUCGCACGUGUCAAGGCGCUCAACACAAAGUCACGUGCGGAGGCGCUGCUGGUGGCUUUUCGGGACGCAAAGCUGAGCUUGGUGGAAUGGGACCCGGAGACGUACAACCUCCAUACAAUAUCAAUACACUACUAUGAGAACCCAGACGUGCCCGGUCUUGCCCCGUGGGAUGCUGAGCUGAAAGACACGUACAACUUCUUGACGGCAGACCCAAGCAGCAGAUGCGCCGCCCUCAAGUUUGGCACCCACAACCUUGCCAUCUUGCCCUUCAGACAGCGUGAUCUGGCCGAGGACGAGUAUGACUCGGACAAUGAGGCUGCGCAAGAGGGCAAGGCCGAGCGUGCAAAUGGUGCCAAUGGCGACGACGCAGUCAAGACGCCCUACUCGUCCUCGUUUGUGCUGCCCCUCACCAACCUCGACCCGACCCUGACCCACCCCGUACAUCUUGCAUUCCUGCACGAGUACCGAGAACCCACCUUUGGUGUCAUCUCAUCGUCCAAAGCCACCGCUGCUUCACUUCUUACCCAUCGCAAAGACAUCCUCACCUACACCGUCUUCACCCUCGACCUCGAACAAAAGGCUUCAACCACACUCCUGUCGGUCCCGGGCCUGCCAUACGAUCUCACACAAGUGGUUCCGCUGCCACACCCAAUAGGAGGAGCAUUGCUGGUCGGCAGCAAUGAGAUCAUACAUGUGGACCAGGCAGGCAAAACCAACGGUGUGGCUGUGAACGAGUUGGCCAAGGCAUGCACCUCAUUCGCCUUGAGCGACCAGGCGGAUCUCGCACUGCGUCUGGAAGGCUGUACCCUUGAGCUUCUGUCUCAAGAUACAGGAGACGUCAUGAUUGUGCUCAAUGACGGAUCCAUCUUCAUUCUGACCUUCUCCUUGGAUGGACGCAAUGUGUCCGCCAUGACGAUCCAACCAGUGCCUGCAGACAACGGUGGCAAUAUCCUCAAGACUCGCGCUUCGUGCUCAACCAACCUGGGACGUGGUCGGCUCUUCAUCGGGAGCGAGGACGGCGAGUCGGUGCUCAUGGGCUGGACCAGCACGUCUAAUCAGCUUCGGCGAAAGCAAUCCAACACAGCACAGUCAGGCGAUGACGAAGACAUGUCUGAUGUAGAAGAAGAGGAGGUGGACGAUUUAGACGAUGACCUCUACAACGACACCGCUACGACAGUCAAAAAGAUCACAGCCGCUGCUGCAGAACCAACUGCCCCCGGUACUUACACGUUCCGAGUGCACGACGUGCUUCCGAGCAUCGCACCUAUACGAGAUACCGUUCUGCAUCCUGGCAAGGAUACCGAAUCUCUUACUAAGGGCGAGAUCAUGCUUUCUACCGGUCGUGGGGCCGCUGGAGCCAUCACAGCCCUCAACCGGGAACUACAUCCUACCAUGUUAGCACAGACCGAGCUCCCCUCAUCAAAUGGAGUAUGGGCUGUCCAUGCUAAGAAACAAGCCCCCGCUGGUAUCGUCGCCGACUUUGGUCAGGACGCCGAAGCUAAUGCUUCUUCUGACGUAGACUACGACCAGUACUUGGUCGUCUCAAAAGCUUGGGAAGAUGGUACAGAAAGUACUGUAGUCUAUGAAGUGCAUGGUAAUGAGCUCUCUGAGACAGAAAAAGGCGACUUUGAGCGGGACGAAGGCUUGACGCUCAGUGUGGGUGUCUUGGCUCGAGGUACCAAGGUUGUACAGGUGCUGCGAAGUGAGGUGCGCACCUAUGAUUCUGAACUCGGCAUGGAGCAAAUCAUACCUAUGGAGGAUGAAGAGACGGGCAAUGAGCUGAACAUCAUCAACGCAAGCUUUGCCGAUCCAUACCUCCUAAUCCAGCGGGAAGAUUCCAGUGUCAAGAUUUACAAAGCUACUGGUGACGGUGAGGUCGAGGAUGUUGAGGCUACUGGACUCUCUGGGACUGAGUGGCUGUCGGCAAGCCUUUUUCAAUCGUCUUCUUUUACCGAAGUCUUUGCAUUCCUUCUGACCCCUGAAGGCGGUUUGCGUAUCUUUGCCAUGUCGCAGCUGGAGAAGCCUAGCUACGUCGCAGAAGCACUGGGCUUCCUGCCGCCACUUCUUACUAUGGACUACAUGCCAAAGCGAAGUUCAGCAAAGGCGACCAUAACCGAGAUACUAGCAGCCGAUCUCGGUGAUGCUACUUCUAGAUCACCUCACCUGAUUCAUGUCCCGCGCUACAUGGAGGAUGGAGCCCAGGAAGAAGCAGCAGACGAACCUGGUUUCGAAAGUACAUUGCUAGCAUUGGACAAUAUUAACGGCUACAGCACCGUUAUCCAACGCGGACGAUCACCUGCAUUUAUUCUCAAAGAGUCUUCCAGCGCACCUCGGGUCAUUGGCUUGAGCGGAAAUCCGGUCAAGUCCCUCACGCGCUUCCACACAUCAUCGUGUCAAAGAGGCUUCGCAUAUCUUGACAGCACAGACACGCUUCGCAUAUCACAAUUGCCACCGAGUACACACUACGGCCAUCUAGGGUGGGCAGCACGACGAAUGCCGAUGGACGCGGAAGUACAUGCUCUUGCUUACCACCCCAGCGGACUAUACGUCAUCGGCACUGGUCAGCCAGAAGAAUAUACGUUGGAUCCGAAUGACACCUUCCACUACGAAUUACCCAAGGAAGAGACGUCAUUCAAGCCCAAGGUUGAGCACGGUAUCAUCAAGGUUAUGGACGAGAAGACAUGGACAGUCAUUGACACACACGUGCUCGACCCGCAAGAAGUCAUACUGUGCAUCAAGACGCUGAAUCUCGAAGUUUCUGAGACUACGCAUCAGCGCAAAGAUGUGAUCGCCGUCGGCACUGCAAUCGUCCUGGGUGAAGAUCUUGCGACGAAGGGCAAUAUCCGCAUCUUUGAGGUCAUCACCGUUGUACCUGAGCCUGAUCAUCCUGAGACCAACAAGCGUCUCAAGCUUAUUGUCAAAGAUGAAGUAAAGGGUACAGUAUCCGCCAUCUCAGAUCUCGGCACCCAAGGCUUCUUGAUCAUGGCGCAGGGGCAGAAGAGCAUGGUUCGUGGUCUCAAGGAGGACGGAACACUGUUGCCUGUUGCAUUCAUGGACAUGCAGUGCUAUGUCACUACAUUAAAGACACUACCAAAUACAGGCAUGCUACUAAUGGGUGAUGCAUACAAGGGCGCUUGGUUUACUGGUUAUACGGAAGAGCCCUAUAAGAUGAUGCUUUUCGGCCGCAGCAAGCACCACCUCGAAUGCAUAACCGCCGACUUCCUCCCCUUCGAAGAGCAACUGCACAUCAUCGUCGCAGACGCCGACAUGAAUUUACAAGUCCUGCAAUUCGACCCUGACCACCCAAAGAGCAUGGGCGGAACGCGCCUCCUGCAAAAAUCUACCUUCCACACUGGCCACUUCCCCUCAACAAUGCACCUCCUCCAAUCCCGCCUGCACAUGCCCACCGCCUCCGAAUUCACAACCUCCACCACCUCCUCUCUCCCCCUCCAUCAAAUCCUCUGCACCAGCCAAUCCGGCACUCUCGCCCUAAUAACCCCGCUAUCCGAAUCCAGCUACCGCCGCCUCUCAGGCCUCGCCACUCAUCUGCAGCAAUUCCUCGACUCCCCAUGCGGGCUGAACGGGAAAGCGUUCCGCGCCGCUGAUGUUAUGGAGGGCGGAUGGGAUGCCGGUACGCAGAGGGCUAUGCUUGAUGGCGGGUUGUUGAUGCGGUGGGGGGAGCUGGGGGAGCAGAGGCGUAGGGAGGGGUUGGGGAAAGUGGGGUGGUGA